AUGUCAGGUUUCACCUCCAGUUCCAGUUCCAAUAACAUUAAAACGGAAAUUGUUCGCCUCGUUGAAUCUCAAAAGGAGAAAGCUAGUUUACUUGCCUAUUUCACUAAAUAUCAAGAUCAGCAAACUGAAGUGUUCUCUGACCUUACUUUCUUUCCUGCUUCUUAUCGUCAAAUCCGCCCCAAAAAAUGCAUUCGUGUUAUCGUAGAUCAACCCGUUGUUGACGAAGAUGAUUUGAAAAGUAUAGUUGAAGACAUUAAGGAAAAAUUAGGAGACAUUUAUGAAUUGUCUGCACGUUUAGAAAUAUCAAAGUUACAAGUUUCCAACUAUGCUUCAAAAUUUGAAGCUUUUGUCAUUUUCGGAUUAGUUAGUUUUGCGUUGCCUCGAAAGCAACUUCCAUUUGAAAAUGCAUCUUAUGAUACCCAGGCAUAUUUACUAUUUUUUCGUGCUAACGAACUUUCGAAUCAUAUUUAUGUAAAAACAAGUAUGCGACAAAAACUUGAAGAAUUAAUUAAAUACAUCACUCUAUCAAACCUCCACGAACUUGCAGACAAAGCAGACUUGGCACUUAAAGAUUGGGGGCAAGCUUUGUUAGUUCCUUUUUAUUAUCGUCUAAACAUUGAUUUGCGUGGAAGAACCUCAGGCAUCGAUAUUACAAAUAUAAAAAUUGAACUAGGAGAGAUAAAGUCAUCAAAAGUGUCUAAGGCAAUAAAAAAAGGAUAUCGUCAACUUUUAUUUGAGAAAGAUAUAUGUCCAAAAACAGACUCUAACUUUAAAGCCCCACCCAAAGAAUGGAAGGAGGAUAUUAAUUUCUCUAGUUCAGCUGAUUACCAUGUAGAUGUUGUAAUAUAG